UCAGACUCUUUAAGUCAUCUAUAUUAAGAGAUUUCUUAUCUUUUGCAGCAAGAUUUCUUAUAACUCAUGUUUGCUUUCGAGGUUGAAGAAACAACACAAGUGAAGAAAAAGUCCAACUGAAAAGAAUGCAAUAUCGCUGCUAUGCCCAGUGUUUGACAAAACUGUGGCAUCCAUUGCGAGCAUCCAGGCUAUUUCAAGUGGCAAAUCUGCACAGAUCUGUGAUCCACCUGCAACAGAUAAAGAUGAUGGCUCAGGAAAAACCAUGGGCUCUGAUCUCAGAGGUGGGCGAGCAGGGUUACCUUGAAGAGGGCGCUGACAUUAUGAGACAACACUUCCACAUUAUGAGCCACAAAGACUUCCUACAAAACCCCCUGGAGCAUGGCCCCAAAAUCCAGGCCCUGUUCGUGUGGAACUGCUUCCCCGCUGCCGAGCCUUCGCUGCUGAAGGCUCUGCCGUCGCUGAAGGUGGUCGCCAACGGGGGAGUGGGCAUCGAUCAUCUGGAUGUGCCGUACAUCAACAGUUUAGGUGUGAAAGUAACCAAUACCCCAGGCGUGGUGAGCGGUGCCACCGCAGAUAUGGCCAUGGCUCUUCUUCUGGCAUCAGCCAGGAAGAUUUAUGAGGGCCAUCAAAUAGCUGUUGAUCCCAAGACCACCCACAUACCACAAAGCCUGAUGGGAGAUGAAGUCACGGGGUCGACUCUGGGAAUCAUUGGAAUGGGACGGAUUGGGUACAAAAUCGCUCAGAGGAGCAAAGGUUUUGACAUGAGGAUCCUUUAUCACAACAGAACCAGAAGGAGUGUUGAAGAUGAGCAGGCAGUGGGAGCGAGUUACUGUGAGAACGUGGACGACCUGCUGAGAGAAUCCGACUUUGUCGUCCUGGUGGUCAACCUGACUCCUGAGACCACGGGCCUGAUCAGCCACAGAGAGCUGUCCCUCAUGAAAACCACAGCAACACUGGUCAACGUCAGCAGAGGUCUGGUUGUGGACCAGGAUGCUUUAGUUAAAGCUCUGGAGUCUGGAGUAAUCAGAGCAGCAGCUCUGGAUGUCACUCACCCUGAACCUUUACCCAGGGAUCAUCCUCUCCUCAAGCUCCCUAAUGUGCUGAUCACGCCCCACGUUGGCACCAACACUUACACAACAACAAGACGGAUGGUCCAGCAAAUGGUAGACAAUGCUGUAGCUGCUGUGAAAGGUUUACCUAUUCCCAAUGAAGUCAAACCCAAAUGACACGACCAACUCGGUAUAUGCAUGAUAAAUGCUGAUUUUGAAUUCAUUACUAAGCAAAAAUGUUAAUGCUUAGUAGGGGUUUUAUUUGUUAUCUGAAUAUACAAUGGACACUUACUGAUUGCUUCAUUCAGUUUCUCACUUUUCCAAACUGGAAAUAUAUUUGUGGACAGCAACACCAUCACAACCACCAACCUUCAUGAUUCAUUUAUUUGAUGCGGGUGAUAAUAUUUCUGCUGUUUUCCUUCAAAUCCAUAACUUCGACUAAAAACAAUGAGUUGUCAGAGAUGAUUAGAUGUAAGAACUAAGCUGCUUUGGUGUCUUUAGAGUGUAUUAUAAUUCAAUAGGCACAUGUAUUUUUUUCUUUACUCAUUUUCACUGUAAAGUCAUUUGCUAAAUUCGAUUGACAGUUAAUAGAGUUUUGUGGAAAUUAUGAAUAUGUUCUUUCAUUGAUAUUUGUCAUCAAUAAAUGUU